ACCACAAGCUACGUGGUGGGACCAUAAGUAACCCUCUCGACUCAAGAGCCAUGGAGGGCUCUAUCCUUCACUCAGUAGCUCACAGUUCGCUCUAAAGAGUCGCAACUCUGGCAGUAUGAAUGCAGUAACUCUCUGCAACCACAAUAUUAACUUUAAUAUUCAGCAUCAUUUCUCAGCGUCCGCGAAUCCCAAUUGGCCCAAAUCCUCUUCAAUCCGUCGCAGAAACCCUAACACGGCUACUAGGCCUUCAUCUUUGGUAAUCGAGACAGUGGAGGGCAAAGCUGUUUCAGAUUCUGGACAAACUCCUCCAUACGUUGCUCGUCGCCUCAUUCUGCUUCGUCAUGCUAACAGUUCCUGGGAAGACCCUUCGCUAAAAGAUCAUGAUCGGCCACUGAGUGAAACAGGACAAGCAGAUGCUGUCAAAGUCUCUCAUAAGCUCCAACAGUUGGGUUGGAUCCCUCAACUUAUUUUAUCUAGCAAUGCAGUGCGAACCAGGGAAACUCUUACGAUAAUGCAGCAACAAGUGAGAGGCUUCUUGGAAGCUGAGGUCCAUUAUAUUUCAAGCUUUUAUUCCAUAGCCGCCAUGGAUGGGCAGACAGCUGAGCACCUUCAACACGUUAUCUGUAACUAUUCAAGGGACGACAUCCUCACUGUCAUGUGCAUGGGACAUAAUAGGGGUUGGGAGGAGGCAGCCUCAAUGUUCACAGGUGCCUCCAUAGAACUGAAGACUUGCAACGCUGCUUUGCUUGAAACUACUGGGAAAUCUUGGGAUGAGGCAUUUGCUUUGGCAGGACUUGGGGGGUGGAAGCUGCAGGGUAUUGUGAAACCAAGUACCAGCUUAUAAAAUUUUGCGUAUUUUGAAUGCCAGCCACAACUUCAACGCACCAUACUAGUCCUUCCUUUUCUCCAAGAAGUAUAUCACAUAUUUGGUUAGUCUCUGUAGCUAAAUCUGCUUCCUUGUCCAACCAUCCUACCUUCUUAUACCCUUUUGUCAAUUUUGCAUAAAAGUUGGGAAGAAUUUUACCAUCUUUUGAUUCAAAAAGCAUUCUGUGGUUGGGGAAAAGUUAAAAAAUGACUGUAAUUCGAGGUUAAUCGAGAUUUACUGGUAGUAGUUUUGAUACUACAGAUCCUAGUUGACACUUUGCAAGGUGCGCAGGGGAGAAUGUUUCACGCACAAUCUCAUCCAAAAAAGGAAGUGCCCACUGUUGCUAAUUGGAGGACGAAGUAAGAUUGGUGCUACAGUUUUUAAUUCAUUGACUACUUCUACUUCCUGAAGUUUACUCCAGAUCAACACCUGGUUUUGAUAUAUCUAUGAAAGAUUAUAAAGUGAUGUGCUAAUGCAAUCAUCUGUUGGAAGAAAUUUUUUUUUUUUUUUUUUUUUUUUUUUUAAAGACCUUUCCUAUUGAGAGGGGUGAUAGUAUGCUCACACACAAUACACGGAUGCUAGGACUCAAACCCAUGGGGAGUAAUUGCUCCAAAUCAUUACACUAGUAGGUCCUUUGUUGGUUGAA